AUGUGUGUGCUGGCAGGUAGGUAUGUGUGUGCUGGCAGGUGUGUAUGUGUGUGCUGGCAGGUGUGUAUGUGUGUGCUGGCAGGUGUGUAUGUGUGUGCUGGCAGGUGGGUAUGUGUGUGCUGGCAGGUGCUGGCAGGUGGGUAUGUGUGUGCUGGCAGGUGGGUAUGUGUGUGCUGGCAGGUGCUGGCAGGUGGGUAUGUGUGUGCUGGCAGGUGGGUAUGUGUGUGCUGGCAGGUGGGUAUGUGUGUGCUGGCAGGUGCUGGCAGGUGGGUAUGUGUGUGCUGGCAGGUGGGUAUGUGUGUGCUGGCAGCAAGUGGCACCACCACUGCUGCUGCUGCUGCUGGCGGCUCUUAUAAGGAUCCUCGGGUCAAGUAUGGAGUGGUUGCAGCAAGGGCUCUGCAAUCAGACCUCGCCACGUGGCAGCACCUCUACAUCAGUGGUCGCCUUCACAAGCCUAACAAGCCUCCAAGUUGGAGGGUUUUGAGAAUUUCUAGGACGUUUCGUUUCGUUAACCCUGGUGGUCUUGUUUUCGAACCUCUUAGCGAGGAUGCGGAGGAGGAAGGAGGGGAGUGUAGGGGUGGGAGUGAGAGAGAGGAUACGGGGGAAGAGGUGGUGGUAUGUGAGGAUAUAGGGGAGUGGGAAGGGACGCAGGAGAGGGGGAGGGUGGGAGUGAGGGAGAUAGAGAGAGAAGACGAGGUGGUGUGCGAGGAAGAGGACUGGGAAAACUCGGAGGGGAGUGUGAGUGGAGGAGAGAGUGAGGGAGCGAGUGAGGUAGUGCGUGAGGGGGUGAGAGAGAUAGUGCGUUGGGAAGUGAGGGAGGAGGGGGUGGUGGUGUGUGAGGAGGAGUGUGUGGCAUGUGAGCUGGCAGUGAAGCAAAUGAGAGGAAGGUGCGAAGCUGUGGCUAGUCCUGGUUGUCCUGCAGGGGAAGAGGGAAAGGGAGGGGACAGGGGCAGAGGAGGGGGUGUUGGUGGCGAUGCUGCUGGUGCCAGCGGUGCUGCUGAUGCUGACGUGGCAGCAAGCAGCGGUGCUGGUGAUGCUGACAUGGCAGCACGAGAUCCUGCUGGUCAUGCUUCCUCAGCACCGAGAGGUGGUACCGCGGAGCCGCUCCCCUCCAGACCUCCCCGGCUGCUGGCAGUGCUGAGUGUGGACGGAGGGGGAGUGAGGGACGCCAUCCCCACGCAGAUCUGUGUUCGCCUGGAGGCCAUGCUGCAGGAGAGAUGCGGCGAUCCCCACGUGCGUCUGGCAGACUUCUUCGACCUCUUUGCUGGCACUGGCCGUGGUGGUCUGCUCGCCCUCAUGCUCACAGCGCCACACAGGGCAGCGGGGGGGCCGGCCAUCAGGGCUCAAAACAAAUAA